AUGAUUCUUGAAGACCAGAGAUUCCUCCAUGAGGAUCUGGAGCGGCUGGAGCAAGCAAUCACCGACCGCGUUGCAGAGGAUCCAAAAAAUAUCAAAGACCGGUUAACGCGUGACCACCAAAUAGACGGCUUCCUCAGUCGCAUUCAAGAGCAAUCCAAACGAUUACUUGACAUAUACAAGGACGCUGAUGGGUCCCGCCUGAAGGAAGUCCAGUCCCUCUCGACCGGCGAACCGUUCGAAGAAUUCUACAAGCAACUCGAAGAAGUCAAAGACUUCCAUCGUCGGUACCCCAAUGAGCCUGUCGAGAAUCUCGAGCGCGCCUACAAGCGCCGGCGGCCCGAGGAAGGAGAAUACAUUCCCUCAGAGGUGGAUAACAUGUUCAGUGGGGAAGAGUCAAAUGGUCGAUUCUUGGACUUGACGCAACUACACGAAGACUACCUCAACCUUCCCGGUGUCAAGCGCCUGACGUAUCUCCAGUAUCUGGACAACUUUGACGCAUUCGAACCUCCUCGGUUACCCAUCAAACGCCAGCAUAAAAUCACAGACCAAUAUUUCCAGUAUGUCGCAAACCUCGACAGCUACCUGGAAAGCUUUGUCCAGAGAACAAGACCACUCGAAGACCUGCCCAAACUAUUUUUGAGAUAUCAACGAGACUUUGACACGGCGUGGGAAGCGGGGACAGUGCCGGGCUGGACAAAAGAGCAGAAAGAGCAGGACUCUACAAGUGCCUCAGCAUCUUCAGGACCCCAAACUGAAGGCACCGGCGCAGGAGUAUGGUGUCCCGACUGCGAGAAGGAGUUUACAAACCAGAACGUCUACAAGUCGCACUUGACGGGCAAGAAGCACCUCAAGAACGCAGAGGCAAAGAAAUCCCGGCAAGUCGCUAAUGGCGAUGCCGCCACCAAUGGCGUAACCUCGAAACCUCCUACGAUGGCUCCCUCUCUAUCAGGCACAGCGCUCAAAGAGCGUGCCAUCGCUUCGCACGAACACCGUGUCCGCGCCCUCGCCGACCUCCUUUCCAACGAAAGAAGCAACACGCGCGUAAACGUGGAGCGCAAACAAGGAAUGACGGAGCGGGAGCGACAGGCUGAAUUAGACGCUCUCUUUGCCGAGGACGAUGCCGCCGUCGCGGCGUCCGAUCGAAGAGCAGCAGGGAAGAAGCGAACAGGCGGAGAAGAUUCAGGCUCCGAUUCAGAGGGCGAUGAGAAGAUCUACAAUCCGUUAAAACUCCCACUGGCCUGGGACGGGAAGCCGAUCCCCUACUGGCUUUACAAGCUACAUGGCCUGGGAGUCGAGUUCAACUGCGAGAUCUGCGGCAACUUCGUCUACAUGGGCCGGCGGGCGUUUGACAAACACUUCUCUGAGGCACGGCACAUUUACGGCCUCAAGUGCCUGGGCAUCACGGGCUCGGCUCUCUCGGGCGCCGCCGCGGGCGGUGGUGGCCUCAGCCUGUUCCGCGAGAUCACGGGGAUUGAGGACGCGCUCAAACUCUGGGACAAGAUCAAGAAGGAGAAGCGGGACAAGGAGGUCAAGGACGACCAGGUUGUGCAGAUGGAGGACGGCGAGGGCAACGUCAUGCCCGAGCGCAUCUAUCUGGACUUGCAAAAGCAAGGGAUCCUGUGA